AUGUCCGUUAAAGGCCAGCCGCGGGAUGUCGAAGAUAUCGUCCGGCUCGAGGCCUUUGCUGAUGUGUCAGCGCUUGUGCGCAAGACGCACAAGGAGCGAACAUUGUUGGAGACGUUUGAGAAGUAUGUGAUUGAGCAUCUCCGAGAAGGGGCGGUCAAAACCUUAGCCGGCGAAGGCCCAGCAGAGGGCUUCCAGCGUGCGAAGCCCAGCGGCGGGGGCUUCCCACCCAAAAUGGAAUGGCACUGGGCUUCGGAUGGCUCUGCCAGGGAGAUCUUCGGUCCGGCGGUGGAUGUGCUCUUAAAGUACUUGCCCAAUUUCCAGCUCUUGGCUGCCAAGUUCAUCGUGGCGACAGGAGAGUGCAGCGCCGAAGAUGCGAAAUUCCAUCAGGACUUCGAGCCACCAACGGUUCCGCUUCUGGCCACGGCAACUGCUUUGGCACCGGUUUGGCCUUUGGCUUUCCCUGAGAAGGAAGGGAACCUGGAAUUCUUUACCUGGGAUGACAUGAUCAAGUCGAAGCAGCAGGGGUCGCCCGACGAGGUCAUGAAGCUCCGCAACGUCCACCGCUAUACUCCCGGCGAAGUGGCCAUCUUUGACGGUAAGCUCUUCCACCGAACCCAACCCUUUUCGGAGCACGCCUUUGCGAGUUCCUCUUUGCAUGGCGAGUCAGAGGUGCUAAGCAAGCGGCGGAUCUUGGCAUCUUUCUACUUCGCGCAGCUGCCAGAGGGCAACACCUGGGAAGGACCGGCGGCGGUGCUACUGGUGUAA